UAAGCCAUUUUUCACAGGUAUCAAACAAAUGAUAAAUCGUAUAAAAAUACUCGUUUACAUUUAAAUUAAAUCGUUACAAUUCAUGGAAGACCUGUUGGCAGGAGAGAGCCGAGAAAUAGGUUUGGAAAAGAAUCGUUUAAAAAUGUUAUCGUUUUAAUUUCCCGUCGAAGACACAUAAUAUUCAGGUAUCGAGAUGGCUUACCUAGCCAAGUACGUAUUGAGAGGUUCACGCCUGGCUGCGUUUUAUAAGAGGGGGUAUAGCACAGCCUCCCCCUUCGUUUUCUCUGAAGAGGUUCGCCGGGCCAAGUCAGAGGGUAAGCCGAUUGUCGCCCUGGAGUCAACGAUCAUUACUCAUGGCAUGCCUUACCCUCAGAAUUUGGAAACAGCUAAGCAAGUUGAGAAUAUCAUUAGAGAAAGGGGUGCAGUACCAGCUACGGUGGCUAUUUUAAAAGGUCAGCUGAGUAUUGGGUUGUCUGAGGAUGAGUUGACGUACCUGGCUCAGGCCAAGGGAGUGGUGAAAGCUUCCCGCAGGGACCUGGCGCCAAUAGCCGCCGCCAAGCUGGACGGGGCCACCACAGUCGCUGGCACCAUCAUCGCAGCACAGCUUGCUGAUAUACCCGUGUUCGUUACCGGUGGCAUAGGUGGUGUGCAUCGUCACGGCGAGAACACAUUGGACAUAUCGGCGGAUUUAAACGAACUGGGACGCAGCAAUACUCUCGUCGUUUGCAGUGGAGUUAAAUCCAUAUUAGACAUCGGACGAACUCUCGAAUACUUGGAAACGCAAGGUGUUUGUGUUUGCGCGUUCGGUGAGUCGUCAGACUUCCCCGCGUUCUAUACCGCGCGGUCAGGUUUCGCAGCACCGCACCGCGUGGGCGACGCGCAGCAAGCUGCACGCGUGUUGCACGCAGCACGCCGACUGGAACUCGCGUCCGGGAUCGUUGUUGCCGUGCCGGUGCCGCAGGAGUAUGCUAUGGAUGAGAAAAUAAUAGAAGAAGCAAUCAAUAGCGCUCUCAAAGAAGCUGAUCGGAAAGGAAUUUUUGGCAAAGAAGUGACACCAUUCAUUCUAGCUGCCGUUGCCAAAGCUACGAGCGGCGCUUCGCUUAAUGCCAACAUCGCUUUAAUAAAGAACAACGCGAAAGUCGGUGCCGAUAUCGCAGUCGAAUUUAAAAAACUCAAGAACGUUGACGAUUCUAAGAAUGCGUUUAAUAUUGGAUUGUCGAAGGGCGCCGGGAAAUGUGCGCCCAAUUCUUCGAGACAUUUUCACACUUCGUGCAGUAGACGGGUUGAUGAGAGUCCUUUGUUCUCGGGCGACAUGAAGUGCGGGGCUGAUGUGUUGGUGAUCGGCGGAGCGAACGUCGACCGCGUUUAUACGUUGAGGGAAGAUGGCGUGCAGUUGGAUGGCAGCACACACGCAUGUGUCACGGAGCAGAGCGGCGGUGGCGUGGCCCGCAACAUGGCUGAGGCUCUGUGGAGGCUGCGUGGCGGCAGAACCAAGCUCCUCACUGCCGUGGGGGACGAUGCAGAUGGAGAAUACUUAGCCAACAUCGCACCAGGGUUGCUACUAGAUGAUUGUAUCGUAAAAAAUGCCAGUACACCUUCUUACGCUGCCGUAAUGGACUCUCGCGGUGAAUGCCUGAUCGGGUUGGGUGACAUGGCUUUACACAAUAAUAUCACAAUCGACCUGGUGAAUAAGCACAUCGAUGUCCUGCACGACGCCCCACUGGUGGUCCUCGACGGCAAUGUGCCUCAGGCUACUAUUGACCACGUACUAGAUGUGUGCCAACGCCAACAGAAACCUGUGUUUUUCGAACCAACAGAUAGAAGAAAAGCUGUGAAAAUCUUCGGUGGUAAAUACAACGUAAAAUACGCUUCGCCUAAUUUAUUGGAAUUACGUGCUAUGGCACAAACAGUUGGAUCAUCUCAAACAAGCAGUUCCUGUGAACUGACAGAAAUAGUAAAACUGUAUUCCAGUGUUUCAAAUGUUGUACAGUUUAUGAUUGUUACAAUGGGAUCCAGAGGAGUCAUUACAUUGAAGAACGUAGGGCAUCAAAAUGAGGCAAAAUUUUAUCCAACUGAACCAAUUAGCAAAAUUGAGAGUGUUUCAGGAGCAGGAGAUUGUUUUGCUAGUGGUUUUAUUCAUGGAAUGCUCUCUGGAUAUAAGGAAUCACACUGUAUAUUCCUUGGGUUUGAAGCAGCCAAGAUGGCACUGUUGUGCAAACACACUGUACCUUCCAAUAUACAUAUCAUUAAUAAAUCCUUGUUCAAGGAGCCUAAAUAUGAGCUAAUAAAAUAGUUUCAAGUGUAUUAAUAUAACAUUUAUUUAAGACACACAGUUUAUAAAAACAUUAAAAAAGAUUCAAAUUCUUAUUCAUUUGUUACAUACAUGUACAAAAAGCAUGAUUGAUUAACAUUCCAAUAAAAAUUAAGAUAGUAAAGCACUAUAUACUGCUGGCAUAAUAGAAAAUAUAAUAAGUUUAUAAUUAUGAUCUGAAAUUAGAUAGUAAAUGUAAUUUAUAAAUGGUAAUAGAUUCAUAGCAAUAACUAUUCCAGUCUCUUCCUACACCCAUGGGAGACAGGUAUGAAGUUAUGUAUGUAUACAGUGAGAUUCUUAUUUUCAUUUUGAAAUUAUAAAACAAAGUAUGUAACCAUAUUUAUAAUAAAUGCUUGUGCCAUUUUAAUGCUUCAAACAUGCUUGAAGCUAUGUUAAGUAUAUUUUGAUUUGAUCUUAAAAUCAACUUAUCAAUAAUAAAGUUAGUAGCUUAAUCUAGAAUGCUCUAUUUCUAUUUGAACAAAGCACUACUGUUGUAAAAACUUACAUUAAUGUAUACUCAGUCUAAACUACUAGUUAUACAAUGUAAUAUGUUGGACGGACAAUUUCAUUUACAGGCAUUGUUUAAAAUAUAAACAGUACAAAAUUAUUAGCUAAACAUUACUUGUUUACGAGUCAUAUAUUACUAAAAUAUAACAUAAAAUUUGUGUAAUAAAAAUUACAGAUCUGA